UGCGGCAGAAAUCGUUGUCAGAUGUCGGAACAGCACUGUACAUUGUGGGAUCCUAGCCGAUUGCAGCAAUUCUUUGAGAAACCCGGGGUAGCCUUCGUGACGCAGUUUUCUAGCAAGUUACAGCACUGGAAGUCGCCGCAGUGUGCAUUAUUAACUAGCCAAAGUGUUAAUGGCUGCGUCGAAUCGUAUUCCGAUACCGUUCAAACGGACGUGGAUCAUUUUAAAGGACGUCAGCCCCUUGGACUACUUAACGAUGUGAGAAAUGCUUUGUGUACUGCAGCAAUAUUGGGCACUUCAGGUCCAAUCUCUGCAUUCCCAGAAGAGGGCUGUUUUUGAAAGCAAACAGGGAAAUGUCAUGCCACUACCAGUGUCGAGCUCAGUGAGGUUUUAUGUGAUCAAUGGUAUGAAAAUACAAGUCUGCGCAGGAGUUCUUCAGCUGCCUGGAUCACUGGACAGAGAGUCUCAUAUUCCUCAAGGCAACAUGGAAAACACAAGUCAAGAAACAGAGGAAAAUCCAUAUCUUUGUUUUCAAAGAACCCCAUCUCUUCGUCGCAAAUGGCGUAAACGCUACGGAGGGCUGGAUGGCAACAAACUACUAGAGCCCAACAAGGAGGAGGACGUGAGAGAAAAUAGUGAAAUAACAGAGGCCCCCCUGGACAGGAACCUUAGCCCAGUGAAAGGAGAUGAAAACCAGGAAACACCUUUGCCCGGAAAUAUUCCACAUCCUUUGCCAAGGAAUUCCUUUCAGUCUCAGAGGCCUGUCAGCUUUGUCAGCCCAGGGUCAACAGGCUUGCCAUCUUUCAUUGGUAAUGGCAGCCAGAAACCUCCUUUGCCCCAAGGCGACCAUGAGAGACAGACCCCCCAACCCUGGCUCACUGCUGGCAGGCCUGACGCCCAGCAGGGGCAACAGAAGCGAAAAGGGGCCUCUGAUGUCCUCUUUGACAGCUUUGCCUCAAAUGGAAAAGUGAAUACAAAUCACUUUUUUGAGCCGAUGUGGACUUCUGGAAUACAGAGAACUGACCCCAGAAUUAAAGACUGCUACAUACUAAUGAGAAAGCUACAGGACUCAGAUGGAACAGUUGACAGGAACACAUUUCAAAGGUGUGUGACGGGCUUUGUCUCAUUCAUCCUGAAAGCACUGCAAGGGAGAUUUGUCAUCCCUGACUUUUUCACAUUCACAGAGGAAACACAAAAGCUCUUUGUGAAAUGCAAACAGCUGUCAUCUGUGAAGCAGGAGAAAGACACAGGAAGUGAGGACCUUGGGAAGUGGGGCGUCUCAGUGUGUACAGUGGAUGGACAGAGGUUGUCCCUUGGAGACUGGUCUGAACCCUGUGUUCUGGGUGAGAUAUCACGGCCCGUGGUUUACAGCCUUGCCGUGGACCAGCUUGGCUCUGACUACGUUCACAGAUAUGUGGGUGUCGAGGAGUUCUCUAAGUUUGACUCACCUUUUACCCUGACCAAACAAGGAGUGCCACACAGUCCUCUCAUAGAGACUGGUGCUAUAGUGUGCACGUCCUUGCUGCAGUUGACAGUGAGGCCUGGUCCUGAAGAGGAAGAAAAGUAUGAGUCUGUCUUGAAUGUCAUCAGAAGAUUAUGCAAUAAAGAACAUGCUAACUUAAAUUGCAUAAGUCACCAAAACCUGAGAAAGGACAGUAUUCGACUUCAUGCGUUAUCUUUCUACCUUCAAGAAAUGAAAUGCUUUCCAGAGUCCGUGGACAUGAAUGCCACUUUGGAUCUAAUGUUACAAUGUUCAUCAACAGAGGUCUCAUGUGAGUCAGGGGCUGCCAUGGCCGCCACGUUUGCCAAUGGGGGUCUUUGCCCACUGUCAGGUGACCAAGUCCUGUCGCCUUCAGCAGUACGCAAUACCUUGUCCAUGAUGCAGGUGGCUGGGAUGAAUGACUACUCCAGGAUAUUUCAUUUCAAGACUUCUGUACCAGCCAAAUCCAGCACAUCUGGUGCUGUGCUGAUAGUGGUACCUGGUGUUCUCGGGCUCAUGGCGUGGUCUCCUGGUCUAGAUGCCUUUGAAAACUCCUGGAAGGCUGUGCAUUUCUGUGAGGAACUGGUCUCUUCCUUCCAGCUGCAUAGUUUUGACAUCAGGACUCCUUUCAGACAAGUGUUGUCAUACCGUCAGUGGAAAGUGGAAUCUGAGGGUUAUCAAAUAAUGAACAUUCUGCUUGCUGCCUUCCGAGGAGACAUGCCAUCCUUGCGCAGGUACUUCCUGGCUGGGGCAGACAUGAAUGCAGUGGAUUAUGAUGGGAGAUCAGCUCUGCAUGUGGCAGCCUCUGAAGGGCACUUGGAGGUCAUCAAAUUCCUGAUGGAGAACACAGGGGCGAGUUGUUUGGUCAAAGACAGGUGGGGCAAUACAGCACUGCAGGAAGCCGUGCGAUGUAACCAUAGACCGACGGCUCAACUUCUCAAGAAAUACUUAGAGCAAAGAGAGGUCUCCUGACCACAGAGACUGGGUCUGAAACUCAUGAAAACAGAGAGAUGUUCAUGAAAACUCACUGAAUGCACCAGAAUUACACACAAAGCACCUCACAGAAAGCCUUGGUAGGGCAUGGAUACAGGUUACAGAACAGAUGAGUCAUCUCAAACAAGAAAAGAAGAACCUGCAUGCUUAAGAUCAAAUAAUACUUAUAAAUCUGAGAUCAGUUAGAACAGUUGCUUAAUUUAGGCUGGUGAUGUGGUAACAAAAAUGCCAAAAAUGAUCAGCGGUGGGACUUGUGUACUGUAUAUGAAGUGGCUUAAACUGAUCUCAAAAUUUGGCAGAAUUGUUGGAGGUUACCUUUUCCGUGUGUAGGUCACUCUCUUUGAUGUAGGGCUUGUGAAUUUUUGUAGAAGAGAAAAGCCAGAAAAUCAGCCACCAAGGAAUAAAAGCAAGUUGCUUUGUAAAACUCAGCCUCUAAUGAUACAAUGACAAUAUUUUGAUAACGUUUACAUAAGUGUACUCUAUCUUGCAUAGUUUAAUAAGAAUUUUCAGUAUGCCUUUUAAUACAGAUGUGUUCUUAUAACAUGUCAACAGAGUCAGUUUUGUGUUUGUGUUUGUGUUUGGUAUCUAUUGAUGGUGUUAUUUAAUCCCACCAUAUACUAAUUAUAUUUCAUUUUCAAAA